AUGUCCGCUCAAUUGACCCGAACUGUCGCCCACAGGGCUCCCCUAGCUACUCGGCAGCUGGCCCGAGCCUCUACCCCUUCCGCCUUCACCCGUCGUCAUCUCUUUACAUCGCCCGGUUUGUCGACCCCUACCGGUGCUUCGGCCGGUGCCGCGUCGUAUCUGGGCAGCGGCUUCUCUCCCUCGGGCCCGCUGCCCACCUACUUCCAGAGGCAGAGGCUGCCCGCCAACACGGUGAUCCGCUUCGUACCCCAGCAGACGGCAUGGAUUGUCGAGCGGAUGGGAAAGUUCAACCGCAUACUCGAACCCGGACUGGCAGUGUUGGUGCCCUUCAUCGACCGCAUUGCCUACGUCAAGAGCCUCAAGGAGGUGGCUAUCGAGAUCCCCAAGCAGAGCGCCAUCACGGCAGACAACGUGACGCUGGAACUCGACGGUGUUCUGUACACGCGCGUCUUUGACGCCUACAAGGCCAGCUACGGCGUUGAGGAUGCCGAAUACGCCAUCUCGCAGCUGGCGCAGACGACGAUGCGCUCCGAGAUUGGCCAGCUGAGCCUCGACCACGUGCUCAAGGAGCGCGCCGCCCUCAACACCAACAUCACGGCCGCCAUCAACGACGCCGCCGAGGCCUGGGGGGUCACUUGCCUCCGCUACGAGAUCCGCGAUAUCCACGCCCCUGCCGCCGUCGUUGAGGCGAUGCACCGCCAGGUCACAGCCGAGCGCUCCAAACGUGCCGAGAUCCUCGACUCCGAGGGCCAGCGCCAGAGCGCCAUCAAUAUUGCUGAGGGAAAGAAGCAGAGUGUCAUCCUGGCGUCCGAGGCCCUGCGCUCAGAGCGCAUCAACACGGCCGACGGUGAGGCUGAGGCUAUCCGCCUGCGCGCCGCCGCCACCGCCGAGGGUAUCGACGCCGUCGCCCGCAGCAUCACGGCCGGCCAGGCUGGGGCCCAGAGCGCCAUGUCCCUCAACAUUGCCGAGAAGUACGUCGACGCCUUCUCGAAGCUCGCCAAGGAGGGGACCUCGGUUGUCGUUCCCGGCAACGUCGGCGACAUCUCGGGCAUGAUCGCCUCAGGUCUCAGCGUCUAUGGCAAGAUCAACGAGGCGCAGGCCAAGUCGGCGGCCAAGAAGGCGGUUGUCAGCGAGGAACCUGCUACCGACUCCGAUCUCGAUAACACUUCCGACGUACACUCACAAUCCCAGCAGGAAAAGAAGGACGCCAUGAGGGAAACCAUGCUUGACGGGUUCCACCAGACGGCUGGGCAUCGGUAA